GCUCCCGGGAGGAAAGCGCCGUAAUUGCACACUCUUGUUCCUCAGUGGGAGAAAAGCUGCAGUUUCUGUUGUUGGAGCGUGGUUUCAGGCUGGACAUCUGUCGCUGGAGGGGUUUUUCCCUCCCCUCUCCCUAACUCUCUCCUCCCAGCUCUUUGAAUGGAGCCAGUGACCUGCCAGUCUUGACUGAUCGGGCCCAUGUGUGGGAAAAUCCUGCAGGCAAAGAGUUGGGAGCAUUCACAUGGUAAUUUCGUCCUAUAAAAAAAAAGAGGGUCGAGCCUCGCCGAGGACUCUGGAGACCAGAUCUGGAGGAGAGCAGGAAGGACGAACAUGACUGCCUGCUCUGUGGCGCACGACGUGGAUAAACAUCCCACUGCCAAAGAGGAGAGAAAGCUGAGGAAGCCGCUCAUCGAGAGGAAACGACGGGAGAGGAUCAACAACUGUCUGGAUCAGCUGAAGGAGACGGUGAUCGGAGCGUUCAGGCUUGAUCAAUCCAAACUGGAGAAAGCUGAUAUCCUGGAGAUGACAGUGAAACACCUGCAGAACAUUCAGAACACCCAAAUCCACGAUCCAACCCUCGGCCUGGAGGCCCAGCAGCGAUACAGCACGGGGUACAUCCAGUGCAUGCACGAGGUCCACAACAUGCUCCUCACCUGCGACUGGAUGGACAAAACCCUGGGCUCCAGGCUGCUCAAUCAUCUUCUCAAGUCGCUGCCCAGGUCCUCCUCCGGCGAGUGCCAGCCCAGGCACGAUGCCCCUCUGCGACCCCUGCCAGCCUCGCCCCUCAGAGGAGGCUCCAAAAGGCCGCCGCCUCAGCAGGAGAGGCCGGAGCUUCACAGCAGUCGUCUGGGGAUGAUGGAGAUGUGGAGACCCUGGUGAAAAGACGGCGGUUAUUGGUCUUGUUAGCUCGUCCGACGUUAUGUAUCUUAUAGAUAUGCUGCUCUGAAGACAAAGAAGUGGGGCCUUUUUGUUCCAGUGACCAUAGGUGUGCUCUGAUGACUCUAUUCAAACCUUUCCUCCGUACUUCCCUUAAGAAGUUGACCUCCUGUAGCCUGAAUUGUAGAAGGCUUUUAUUAAUUCUUCCGCUAUUUAUUGUAUUAACAACUGUAUUUAUUUGAUCUGAUAGAGCUUGUAAUUGUACCUUAGAGACUAUACUUGCUAUUACUAUCAUUUCCUUCUUCCAGAAUAAUUAACCUUUGAGAAUUUAUUAUCGUGAAAUAAAGAUAACACAUUUGUAA